AUGUCCACUUACAACGGUCCUUGGCCAGCUCGCAGAGUACGACAGGAAUUCUUCGAUUACUUCAGGAAUCGGGGCCAUACAUUCGUACCCUCGUCAUCGACCAUCCCUUACGAUGACCCAACCCUCCUCUUCGCCAACGCCGGCAUGAAUCAGUUCAAAACCAUCUUCCUCGGAACCGUAGAUGCCAAUUCUGAGCGAGGAAAACUCAAACGUGCAUUCAACACGCAAAAAUGCAUACGAGCUGGCGGCAAACAUAAUGAUCUCGAGGAUGUUGGGAAAGACUCCUACCACCAUACAUUCUUUGAGAUGCUCGGAAAUUGGUCCUUUGGUGACUACUUCAAGAAAGAGUCUAUUACGUUCACUUUCGAGCUCCUCACUCAUGUAUUCAAGUUGCCCAAAGAGAGAUUAUAUGUCACGUACUUCGCAGGCGAUCCUCCAAACAACAUACCUUCCGACGACGAGGCAAAACAAACUUGGCUGAGUCUUGGAAUGGACCCCACACACGUUAUACCCUCAAAAUUUAACUUUUGGGAGAUGGGCUCGACCGGUCCUUGUGGACCCUGCAGCGAAGUACACGUCGACCGGAUAGGUGGCCGUGAGGUCGCUCAUCUCGUCGACGGUGACGACCCGACGGUCGUCGAGAUAUGGAACAACGUCUUUAUCCAAUUCAACCGGGAAACAGACGGCACGCUCAAACCAUUACCACAAAAACACGUCGACACGGGCAUGGGAUUCGAACGUGUUGUGUCCGUACUUCAGGAGAAGAUGUCCAACUACGACACCGAUGUGUUCUCACCCAUCAUGGCCAGGAUAGAAGAACUCACGGGUGCUCGUCCAUACACCGGCAAAUUCGGUGCGGAAGACGUAGACGGCAUCGACACCGCCUACCGAGUCAUCGCCGAUCACGUCCGCACCCUGUCAUUUGCCUUGAGCGACGGUGGCAUGCCAAAUAACGUCGGCAGGGGUUACGUCCUUCGUCGCAUCUUGCGUCGGGGGUGCCGGUACGUCAGAAAGAAGUUCGGUGCACCGAUCGGGACCUUCUUCUCGUCGUUGAUGCUCGUCGUCGUCGAACAAAUGGGUGAUGUUUUCCCCGAACUCAAGCGGAAACAAGAUGAGAUCAAGGAAAUCCUAGACGAGGAAGAAGAAUCAUUUUCUCGAACGCUUGACCGAGGCGAGAAGCUCUUUGAUCAAUAUGCCUCCAAAGCGAAGGAGGUGGGCUCGAAUGAACUCGGCGGCGCUGACGUGUGGCGAUUAUAUGAUACCUUCGGAUUCCCGGUUGAUUUGACGCGACUGAUGGCGGAAGAGCUCGGCAUGACAGUUAACGAAAAGGAGUUUGAGGCGGCGCAGGAACGGUCCAAGCUUGCUAGCAAAGGGACAUUUAAGAAGGAUAAGUCAGAGGCACUCAAGCUUGACGUCCAUGACUUGGCAGCGCUCGAGAAGAAUACUGCAAUCCCAAAGACGGACGACUCGGCAAAGUUUGGUACCGGCAACAUCAGCGCCCAGGUCAAGGGCAUCUUCUAUAACCGUCAGUUCCUUUCGUCGACGUCAAGUAUACCUGAGGGUGCCAACUUGGGCAUUUUGCUGGACCGCACGAGUUUUUAUGCCGAAGCAGGCGGUCAAGAGUACGACACGGGAAACAUCGUUAUCGACGAUGUUUGUGACUUCGAGGUUACUAAUGUUCAGGCAUACAGCGGAUAUGUUCUUCACACUGGCUACCUCAAGUAUGGCCAACUGAACGUUGGUGAUGAGGUCAUUUCAUCCUACGAUGAGCUUCGGAGAUGGCCAUUGAGGAGCAACCACACUGCGACGCACGUCCUUAACUUCUGUCUCCGCGAAGUCUUGGGCGACCACAUCGAUCAGAAGGGAUCACUUGUUGCACCAACGAAGCUCCGCUUUGAUUUCUCGCACAAGGCGCAGAUUUCGUUACCCGAGCUAGCUAAGGUUGAAUCAAUGAGCAUUGACUGGAUCACACGCAACGUCAAAGUUUAUAGUAAAGACCUGGAUCUGAAAACGGCUUACAAGAUUCCGGGUGUACGUGCGGUGUUUGGCGAAGCAUAUCCUGACCCUGUCCGCGUCGUCGUGCUUGGGUAUGAUGUCGACGAAAUCGCAAACGAUGCCGAGAAUCCCAUGUGGCGAAACACGAGCAUCGAGUUCUGCGGUGGUACCCACGUCGCUAAGACAGGAGAUAUCAAGGAUUUUGUUAUCACGGAGGAAUCAGGCAUUGCCAAGGGCAUUCGGAGAAUAACCGCAGUCACGGGACAGGAAGCCCACGAAGCUGCACGUGUUGCAGACGAGUUCAAGGCGCGGCUAGACGCACUGGAGUCGGUCUCCGGUAAGGAAAAGGAUGCAGGACUGAAGACGCUUAGUGUGGAACUUGGCCAAGCAGACAUUUCUGUCUUGCGGAAGGCUGAGCUCAAGGAUCGCCUUGCCGCAGUUCGGAAGGCAUUCGAUAAACAAAUCAAGGAAAAGGAAGCUGCAGCUAAUAAAGCGGCAGUAGAUGCGCUCGUAGCCCACUUCCAGGAGAAGCCGGACUCCGAGGGAUAUUUUGCGAUCUUGGAGGUGAAUGGAAAUGCGAAGAUCCUGCAAAAUGUUAUUGCACAGGGCAAGAAACUCGGCAAAGCCGUGUACGUUUUUAGCGCUGAUACCGAGGGGGGCAAAGUUGCACAUGCCAACUACCUUCCCGAAAUUGUCCGAUCACAAGGCUUUGACGCCAAGAUAUGGGCUUCGAAGGUAACUGAGAUUUUGGGCGGAAAGGCUGGAGGCAAAGAGGAGGGCUCUCAGGGCGUCGGUGUCCAUGUAGACAAAGUCGAGGAGGCAUUGAGUGUCGCAGAAGCUGCGUACUUGAACAGGAAGUAA